AUGAGGUAUCAGCACAUCCAAGACCUCAUUCCUUUCUUCAAGUGUAAGUUAGGAGAGUUUGGGUCGGCAUUGGAAAGCCUCUUUCCCCCAGUAAACCCCCCCGCCUCCCGCUUCACUCCGGCCAUUUUCCUCCUCUUCCUCCGGAUAUUUGAGACGGCGACAGCACCAAGGCUGACGGUCAGCCAGCUGGAGCAGCUCUGCUUCUCUGAGGCAUCCUGGGAACCGAUUAAAGAUGCUGUGCCACUGAAGAGGUCUGAGCUGGUGAAGUUUGCUCUCAAAGCCCAGAGAUGCUCCUUGUCGGUCUACUCAGAUCCUGAGUGUUGGGCCAGUUUACUGAAAGUGGUCUGCUCUCCUCAUGGCUCUCCGACUGCCCUGCCCAUACCCAGCCAACAGUUUCUAUACGAGUCGCGGGAUGCCGUCAUAGACCAGCUCAACCAGCAGGGUUACAACAUACAGAUUUCCCGCUGCUUUCUCAGGACAUACCCAGAUCAGGCCUUGUUGCUGUUGGUAACAGGAGCCUUGGGUGUCAGAAUCCUUCAGGGUUCUUUUAGUCCAGCUCUGCCUGUUCUCAAUGCUUAUAAGGACAACCUGUGGGCCUUUCAGUGGCUGUGUGACGGCAUGACGUCCAGUCAAGACCGUCUCCACUCCUUCCUGAAGGAGAUUACACAGAAGCCGUCAAACACACCAGGAAAUCAGCUGGUCGUUGAUUUCAAGUAAAGUUUCCUUCAGAGGUUCAGCUCUGAAGCUCUAAAGUCUCACCUGGAUGAUCUGCCUGCUGAGGACACUUCUUCCGAAAAGGACUGUUUUUUUUUCUUCUUCUUCUUUUUUUAUCUCAAUGUGAAGCCAUGUGGGACUUGUGUUGUAUUUCUUGCUUACUUUAAGUACCAUGACAGUAACGCUGAGCAACAGUAAGAUUCUGCUGUCAUGUGCUUUACAUUUGAACCUCUUUCUGCGGCGCAGUGGAUGGUAGGAAUGUGCAUCAGUUGACACACAGAGGGAGAGAACUCUUUACUCUUUCACCAUUUAUUAAGCUAAACAAUUCCCUCAAUUCUCUUAAUGUAAUUUAAUGAAACUGGUUUUUGAUGUGCUGUACAAUAACACUGGUUUUAGACCAUAACAUAUGUUGCUUUAUACAGUUUGAAAAUCAGUCAACUAUUUAAAAAACAAUUUAGACAAAGCUUAAAAGAUAACUUUAAAAAUUAACUUUAGAACAGACUAAUACUGAAAUUAAAAGUUCCUAUGCAGCAAAAAGAUCAGUUCAGAUGGAAAAAUAAUUUCCAUACUUUAUUUUCUGUCUCAUUAAUGUAUUCAUCCAUUUGACUGUUUGUUUUUUCUACUUUCAUAUUUAAAACCUUGUUCCAUGUUGUACAGUAGUAUUGAAUCUACUUUAAAGAUCAACCAAAUAUUUGCCGAGUGCAGCUAAAGUGGACAUGAAUUCUGUUUCUGUUCCUGUAUAAUGAUUUUCUUUCAUGUUCAUAAGGAUUCGUACUGCCAUCAGUGUUAAUGAUUUCUGAGAUAAUCUGGUUUAAUAAAUGACUCCAGUGUUUGGCCUU